AUGCUCGCCUCACCUCGACCUCAAACUGCUCUGAGCAAGGCAUCUUCAUGUUUGACGCCGCGAGCCAAUUCAUGUAGAAUAUGGGAAAGAUGUCUAUAUCAGAAUGCCGGCAGAGCAAACAAGGUUACAACGCCUUCUCAACCUGUGGGCAAGCGAUUGCCGGCGCACUCGUGGGAUGGUCAUAUGCACGUGGUCGAGCCUGAUCAAUAUCAGAUUUCUCCAUCUGCAGUAUACAAGCCAAGAACCUCUUCCCUUGCCGACGCCCUCACAUUCGAGAGGUCUCUGGGUUUUGAAAACAUCGUCUUGGUACAGCCUUCGAUCUACGGUACGGAUAAUGCGUGUUUGUUAUCCGCACUCAAACAGCUGGGUCCUUUGCGUGGUCGCGGCAUCGUGGUCGUCGACCCUUCAACCAUCCAGAUUGAGACGCUGGGUGACUGGCAUGCGCUUGGAGUUCGUGGCCUCCGUGUGAACCUGCAAUCAGUGGGGAGAAUCAUGAAUCAAAUUGAAAUGGAGGAGAUUCUGCUCCUCCAUGCAGAAAUUGCCCGCCCCCGGAACUGGGUGAUCGAGUUGUAUGUUUCGAUGAGGACAAUACCUUUAAUCGAAGCAGUGGCGCAGCGCCUGGGUGUUCGUCUGUGCAUUGAUCAUUUCGGAAGUCCCGAUCUAAUCAACCAGAUUCGGGGCCCUAGAACAACUGGGCUGGAUCCUUAUUCUCUUCCUGGUUUUUGCUCUCUGAUUCGACUACUACGAGCCGGCAAUACCUAUGUCAAGUUAUCUGCCCCGUAUCGACUUACUCAGGACCAACACAUGCACGAUCUCAAGACCCUGGCCCGAGAAUUUCUUACGAUAGCACCGGACCGAGUCAUCUUUGCGACAGAUUGGCCACACACGCGGUUUGAUGGCAUCGAUAUCAGCCCAUUCACCGAGUCGUGCUUGGAUCUUUGCGCGCAUGACUCUCAAUUGGCGGAAAAGUUGUUUAGACGCAAUACUGAGCGAAUGCUAGACGUGUUUCCUAAAUAA